CCAACUUCACAUCGUUCGAGUUUCAUUGUCAACCGCAGAGUUAAAAAAUAAUGUAAACACACACUUCUUGUUAUUUCUUUAUAAAAAAAACAGUAAAAAUGGGCAAAAGAAAAGCAACAGAAGAUUCUGAUAAUCCAAAUCAGGAUCUAUGUGAAUUUUUAACAGAACUUGCAAAUUACGAGCGUAAUGUAACAAAAAAUAUUUAUAAAUCAAAUGCUUAUCGUAAAGCAGCAACGACUCUCGGUAAAUUAUCAGAACGUGUAAAAAAUGGAGCGGAGGCGAAAAAAUUACCUGGAAUUGGCGAUAAAAUUGCAAAGAAAAUUGAUGAAUUUCUCGAGACUGGAAAAUUGCAAAAACUCGAAAAUAUAAAAAAAGAUGAGGGAAAUGUAGCGAUUAAUUUAUUAACUCGAGUGUCCGGCAUUGGUCCAGCGAAGGCCAAAGAAUUAGUGGAUUCCGGAAUAAAAACUUUGGAAUCUUUAAAAAUUCAUCAGGACAAAUUAACGCAUCAUCAGAAACUUGGUUUAAAAUAUUUCGAUAAUUUUGAGAAAAGAAUACCUCGAGGGGAAAUCGAGAAAAUCGAGAAUAUUCUUGAGGACACGAUAAAUCGUCUCGAUGAUAAAUAUUUAAUAACAAUUUGCGGAAGUUACAGACGUGGAAAAAAAGAGAGUGGCGACAUUGAUGUUCUAUUAACUCAUCCAAAUUUUACAUCGUCCAGCAAGGAAUCGAAAAAGAAACAGAAUCAAUUUUUAAAAUCUGUCAUUGAUUCCCUGGAAAAAGGGAAAUUAAUCACUGAUACCAUUUCGCUUGGCGAGACAAAAUUUAUGGGAGUUUGUAAAUUACCCACUGAAAAAGGAGCCACAUUCAGAAGACUAGACAUAAGACUCUCUCCUUAUGAUCAAUAUUAUUGUGCAAUAUUGUACUUCACCGGAAGUGAUUUGUUUAAUAAGGAAAUGCGUGCUCAUGCGUUGGAAAAAAAAUUUACACUCAAUGAAUACACAUUGCGACGUUUGACGCCAGAAGGAGUUCCAGGAGAGGCGGAAAAAAUUACCAGUGAGAGGGAUAUUUUUAAAAUUCUCAAUUAUCCCUACAAAACUCCGGAGGAGAGAGACAAUUAAUUUUCCCAAAUUUAGAAAGAAAUUCUGAGCUUAAAAUUUGAAAAUAAAAUUUUCAGGUACGUUGCAAAAAAUUAAUAACUGGAAAUUAAAGAGAUUGGUUGAAACUCGAAUAAUUAAAGUUUGCUGAUUGAAAAUCGAAAAGUUUUUGUAAUUCGAAUUGAAGAUUAAAUUAAAUUCAAAUAUCUUGAAGAGUAAUAUAUACUUAGAAAGUUAAUAUUUCGUCAAAAAAGAAAAUUAUUCUUAUGAAAUAAAAACUAAAAUUAAAAAAUUAAUAUUGAGUGGAAUAAGAAAUAAAAAGUACACGUGAUAAAUUUGCCAAAAUACUGUAUAUUAAUAAGAAGUUUGGUACAAUUCAAAAACUUGAAACUAAAAUAUAUUUUUUCUCAUAUAAAUAAAAAAUAAAUUCAUGUA